CACGUACAAAGCAUAGGAGCCUCUCCUAGUAGCACGAAUGCUUGGCAUUCCUCCAUUGUCGUAUGUUCAUGCCACAUGUCCCUCACAAAUGAAAGUCAGGACUUGCAGAUUUACCUACCUACCCACCUUGGUCGCAUUCCUCGUAAAUCUGUUUUUGUGUGUGAACUGUUGCAGAACAAGUGCACUUCUUACUACCCUCCGGGAAACGAGAUCUACCGCUCCCAGAAUAUAUCCGUUUUCGAGGUGGACGGUUACUCCUCGAAGCUGUACUGUCAACAGCUCUGCCUCUUGGCCAAGCUCUUUUUGGACCAUAAGACGCUCUACUACGACGUGGAGCCCUUUCUCUUCUACGUGGUCACUGUGCACGACCAGUCGGGGUACCACGUUGUGGGCUACUUUUCGAAGGAGAAAAGGUCAGCACAGAAGUACAACUUGAGCUGCAUAAUGGUGCUACCGCCCUACCAAAAACAGGCCUUUGGCCGCUUCCUCAUCGACUUCAGCUACCUGCUGUCGCGCAUUGAGGGAAUGCCGGGUUCUCCGGAGAAGCCGCUCUCGGAGCUCGGUCGGCUUUCCUACGAGUCGUAUUGGCGCUCGAAGGUGUUGCCAUUCAUCAUCGGCGACGACACCUCCCAGCCAACUCGCUCUGAAGUAACCAUUCAGGAGAUCAGCGAGUCCACCGGUAUGGACGUCCACGAUGUCGUCGCAACUCUUCAGCAGCUGUCCACUGGUGUCAGGCUGCAUCCCGAAGAUGGCAGGUUAGUACGUGGUGAUUUGUCUGAUCUGGUUGUCUUAUGUUAG